ACCUCUCCUGCAGCUCUGGAUUGGCCCUUGUGUCAACACUCCCUCCACCGAGUUCCGCGUUACAGAGCAUUUAAGUCCUGCAGCGUUUCCUCCAGACUCCCACUCUCAGGCUGCUGGAAACCAUCCGCCAACAUGUCCGAUCGUGGAGCUUUUGACACCAACGUGGUCACCAUCACCCGGUUCGUUGUGGAGGAGGGCAGGAAGGCGAAAGGCACCGGGGAGCUGACAACGUUGCUGAACUCGCUGUGCACGGCUGUGAAAGCCAUCUCGUGCGCUGUGCGCAAAGCUGGCAUCGCCCACCUUUAUGGCAUUGCUGGCAGCACCAACGUGACGGGUGACCAGGUGAAGAAGCUCGACAUUCUCUCCAAUGAUCUGGUCAUCAACAUGAUCAAAUCGUCCUUCACCUCCUGUGUGCUGGUGUCCGAGGAGAAUGAAAACGCCAUCAUCAUCGAGCCAGACAUGAGGGGUAAAUACAUCGUGUGCUUCGAUCCUUUGGACGGCUCCUCCAACAUCGACUGUCUCGUCUCCAUCGGUACCAUCUUUUCCAUUUACAAGAAGAACACAGACGAUGAGCCCUGUGAGAAGGACGCCCUGCAGCCCGGCAGGAACCUUGUCGCAGCAGGUUACGCCCUGUACGGCAGCGCCACCAUGAUGGUGCUCUCCACCGGCAAUGGAGUCAACUGCUUCAUGCUCGACCCAGCGAUCGGUGAAUUCAUCCUGGUCGAUCGGGACGUGAAGAUCAAGAAGCGGGGAAAGAUCUACAGCUUGAAUGAAGGUUAUGCAAAACACUUUGAACCUGCUGUCACAGAGUACCUGCAGAAGAAGAAGUUCCCUCAGGAUGGCACUGAGCCCUACAACGCCCGUUACAUUGGUUCCAUGGUGGCAGACGUCCACAGAACGCUGAUGUAUGGAGGCAUCUUUUUAUACCCUGGAAAUGUGAAGAGCCCCAAAGGAAAGCUGAGGCUGCUGUAUGAAGGCAACCCCAUGGCCUUCAUCAUCGAGCAGGCGGGCGGCAUGGCAUCCACAGGCCUCGAGACCAUCCUGGACAUCCAGCCUGACAGCAUCCAUCAGCGGGCGCCUGUUGCGAUGGGCUCCCCCGAGGAUGUCCUGGAGUACGUCGCCAUCUGCCAAAAACACGCCAAGAAGUGAGAGACCACGCCGACUCACUCUCACAGCCAAGGAGAAGAAAAGCCUUGCCGCUCCAAACACUUACUGGAAAUAAGGAAGUUGAUACAGAUGUAUUUAUGAUCAUGUCUUGUGGAGUUUGAAAAGGUGCUUUGAGACCAAAAAAACAUCACGAUUGAUUCUCGGUGAAAUCCUCAAUCUGACCACAUUUGGAGUCGCAGGGUUUUAAAGCCAAACCGGCAAUGCUCAUGAUCUCUUUGUAGAAAGCCGAAGGAUCAUAGCGAGAGGACGGUUCGGUGGAAACUUGAGAACUGUGACUGAUAAGCUCAUUUACACACACAAACGCACACAUUCCCUCAAAAAGAGACCAAAUAUGUGCCAAACACACAAACAAAUGCACUAAAAUAAACAACACCUGAAGACUGCUCCUGCUCUGUUUACCUCCAGUUGUGCCUUAAUUAGAAUGAACAUACAUUCAAUGUGUGUGAAGGACCAAAUACAAAACCUCUAUGCAACCAAAGCCGAUGCCUUUUACACUGUGAACAACCUCUGCUUGAAACACUGAAGUCUCUCAAUAAAAGGAAAUGAGUCCAAGAUGA